UUUAUGUGUAUCACUAUGUCACAUAAGAUAUUGAUUCAUCUGCAGACAGGUUUAGGAUUACUCCUCUUUGUUUACUUCACUAUUGAUAUUUAUUUGUUCUUUCCUUCUAAGGGCAAAGCAAGUUCUAUGGUGGCCGUUGCCCUGUGCCCUCAGCCAGGAUGGGAGGUUCUAGAUGCCUGUGCUGCUCCUGGAAAUAAAACUGUUCACCUUGCUGCACUAAUGAAAGGAAUGGGAAAUAUUAUAGCAUGUGAACUUCACAAGGAAAGGGCUAGACUUCUAGAAGAUACUAUCAGGCGGACUGGAGCUCCUAAUGUGAACAUAUUUCAAGGUGAUUUUUUAGAUUUAGAUGCCAGGGAUCCCAAGUUUUCAAAGAUCCGUGCUAUUCUCUUGGAUCCUUCUUGCUCAGGGUCUGGAAUUGCCAGAGAAAGAUUAGACUAUUUGCUCCCUUCAUUCAAGAAAGGGGAAGACGGUGAUGCUGCUAAUUCUCAGAGAGUAAGGAAUCUUGCUGCUUUCCAAACAAAAGCUCUUCUUCACGCCUUAUCAUUUCCCGCAGUUGAGAGAGUUGUAUACAGCACAUGUUCAAUUCAUCAAGCAGAAAAUGAAGACGUCAUCAGUUCAGUUCUCCCCUUUGCCACCUCUAUCGGUUUUGAACUGGCAACUCCUUUCCCGCAGUGGCCUCAUCGUGGCCUCCCUGUCUUCAACGGUGCUGAACAUUUGCUAAGAACAGAUCCAACCGAAGAAACGGAAGGAUUCUUUAUUGCACUAUUUGCUAGGAAAAGUGAGACGAAUAAAUCUGAGGAAGCACCUGAAGAAUCACACAUUCAGAAGUUACCUCAUCCCUCUACAAAAAAGAUUUGCAGAAUGCGGAAGCCGACUCCAUUCCUUCCACUAAGAAAGAUGUUGCAAUAUAAUGCCAUCCCACUCCUGAGACAUAAUAGAAAAAGAAAAAGAAUAUGACUGUGACGUCUAAAUUAUGAAAUUUUGGUUAACGCUAACCAUGAACGCUUCCGCCUGUUCUGUGUUUAUUGUUGUAUGUUUUUUUAUCAUGCAUCACGGACAUAUCUCUUUUUGUUGUACGCUUCUGCUACAGUUAAUAUGGUAUCAUCGUCUUUUUCAUUUUUC